GUGGGACCGAGACCUAGCUCGGAUCAGUUUCUCCCCUUGUGCUAAAGACAGGGCGAGCCUGCGAGAAGCCUGGAUCGUGUAAGAGGCAGGCUCUCCGCCAGUUCUGUGUUCCUCUGAUGGACUGGAAGAAAAAGAGGGCUAGCUGUGGGCCCCGUCAAAGCAGUUCCAGGUCCUCCCUCCGGGCGCCCUCCAGUCCGUACAGGAGCAAUGAAGAAUACAAAGUACUCUGACACCCCCACUUUCUAUUCUGCCUUCCCCUUCCCCAAGCUCAUUUCUGCUUCCACUAUGAACAGUAACUAGGAGAGAGGUCUCGAAAUUCACAUAUGCGAAUGGACAAAGAGCAUAGGAGCAGCAGUCAGAGAAACAGAGAAAAGGGGUGGGGCAAGGAGACCCCCGCCCCCCCAAGAGAUUUGGACUCCAGAAGUUACCUCUUUUCUUCCCACAGGUUUCCAAGGACCAGACUGGACCUGAUUUUCUGACUAGAACAGGGAGCAAAACCAUAGAAUCCUGAAAAGAGGGAUGGGGACAGGAGUUUGCCCUCGGGUGAGGCUCUGAGGGCCUGCAUCAUAUUCCCCUUGGGUGCUCCUAACCCUCAUCCUGUGCCACAUACUCUGCCUCCUCAGAGAUUCCUUAGCUCUGAUGACCUUUAACUUCACAUCUCACCUAUAACCAGUCUUCAUUUGCUUCAGCCAGAUAAUUGAAACUCAAUAUUCUGCCUUUUAUUCCUUCAGCAAAUAAUUAUUGAACAAAUACUCUGUAUGUAGACCUGUUAGACCCUGUGGUCCGAGGAGGGAAUAGGCCCAUAUUGUUUCGUCUCUUUCUACAGGAGCUAAAGACAAGAAAGAAGAAGAAAUUCCAAUGGGAGAAGGACUUCCAGAAAAGGGAACAGAUUGGAUAUUCUCUGGGGCCCAUCCUGGGAAUGAGGAAUCUUACAUGUUGCCUUCAACUGGGUUAGCCAAAGUCUGCUCCCAAAGUCCUGAGAAUGAGGAACCUCAAGGGGUUCCCUUAGAUCAGACUGGUGGAGUUAUUUUAGAGAGGAGAUGGCACCAAACCUCUCCUUGGGAAAAACAGUUGAAAUCUUUCCCUCUGAGCCCCUUUCCACAAGCAUCCAUUCCCCAGGGGACUCCUUAUCAUUGUACUGACUGUGGGAAAAGUUUUUGUCUGAAGUCUAACCUUCUGACCCACCAACAAACCCACACUAGAAGGAGACUAUAUCAGUGUCCUCAGUGUGGGGACAGCUUUGGGGACUACACCAGCCUGUCCACCCAUCAGAAGGAUCACAGUGGGGAAAGGUCCCACACCUGUCUAGAGUGUGGGAAAUACUUCAGCGAUGCUACCAAUCUCAACACUCACCUUAGGGUUCACACAGGGGAGAAGCCCUAUCAGUGCCCUGCAUGUGGGAAAAGCUUUAGUCAGAGCUCUGGACUUAUCCGGCACCAGAGAACCCACACUGGUGAAAAACCUUAUACAUGUCCUGAGUGUGGCAAAGGGUUCCGGCAGAGCUCAGAUCUUGUGGAACACCAUCGUAUUCACACUGGUGAGAAGCCUUACACCUGUGGGGACUGUGGCCAGAGCUUUGCCAGGCCCUCUAAUCUGGUCCAUCACCAGCACACCCAUGCUUCUGAGCGGGUUUUCUCUUGUCUAGAAUGUGGAAAGAGCUUCCAGCACAGCACCAGCCUGAGUCGCCACCAGAAAACUCAUACCGGGGAAAAACCUUAUAGAUGUCCUGAAUGUGGCGACAAUUUCAGCCAGAGCUCUAACCUCCUGACUCAUCAAAGGAGUCAUACACUAGAGAAACCGUACAAAUGCCCAGACUGUGGAAGGAGUUUCAACCGGGCUUCUAACCUCCUCCAGCACCAACAGACCCACAGUCCCUACAGACCUUAUAAAUGCCCAUCCUGUGAGAAGGUCUUCAGCCGAAGCUCCAACCUCAUCAUCCACCAGGGUACCCACAUAGAGGAAAAACCGUAUAAAUGCCUGCAGUGUGGGAAAGGCUUUCGGUCUGGUUCCAACUUGAUUCAGCAUCAUGAAACCCACAUGGGAGGAAAAUCCUAAAAAGACCUAGAAAGAAAUGGGCAAGGGGGAGGGGUGUUGAGUGAAAUGUUUGUGCUGCCAAAGAAAAAUCUAUAUUGUAUUUAAAUGAACCAGCAAUGAAAGUGGGAGAACCAUUAAUGAAGGAAGGAAGAUAGGCCUGAGAACUUGGGAGAACCUAAAUCUUUAGCUUACAGGAACUUCCAGAAGUUUUGGGCAGAAGAUAUAAAAUAAUGCCCUGUUUCCACAUUCUUUUCUCCCCUCUAUUUUAUUUCCAUUCUCUUAUCGAGAAGACCUUGGCAGUCUCCUUUGUGUGAAAAUGAAAUUAGAGGACAAAGAGCAGUGCUGCCACUUUGCUUGUAUCAGCAGAAGGAGUACUGUAGGGAGCCAUAGGGACUGGGUGGUAAUGGAGCUGCUUCCUUGAGAACAAAAAGCCUCGCUCAAGGAGGCUGGAUUAUUGCCCAGUUAACCAACACAUCACAGGCUUGAGAUGAAAGGCGGCAACAUAGACCUUUUAGCUUCCAGAAGAGGUAGUUAUAUGCACUGACCACAUCUGACCUGGGGGAAGCUGCUUCUGAAAAGAGGCAGAAGGGCUCUUCUUAAUCUUCCUACAGGAGAAGGCAUCACCCAGGCCUUAGCAGCAAGCUGGAGUGUGAACUGAACCAAAGAACUUCCACUUGUUCUUAGGGCAUUUACCCUUCAUCUGAGACAAUCAAUCGUGACUCUUAACUCCUAGGCUCUAGUAGUCCCUACUUCUUAUAGUAGGGUUUAUUACCUCAUCUCUAAAAAAAGCAGAAUCUUUCCUGAUGACUUAGCAUUAAAACCCCAAGAUGUCAGAGUACUAUAAUAGCAGUUUAGUGCUAAAAGAUUAGAAAAUGAAAGAUUAGGAAAUGAAAAUAACAAAUAUCGGAACAAAGUAUUAAAUGUGGAGGCGUUAGAUAGGGAGGGAAAUCUGUGGGGCUUCAAAACAGCCAAGUUGGGCCAUACCAGGCUGGCAAAGUGUAGUCAGGAAACAGCAUCAGUGGUUAUAUAUAUUUUAUCCAUCCUGCUGCCACAGUUCCCAUCUAGUGCUUUCUCUCCACUUUCCUUUGGGCCUUCCAUUGUAGUCCCCUCCCACUCUUCACCUGUUCCCUCCUCCUCUUCCAAAAUGAUUACCAGAGAUGAGGGGAUAGUAGUUACCAUUUCUGGGUGAAUAUUCAGGGAACUAUUCAAGAGCAAAUGGCUAGCAUGCUUGAGGAGGAAGAGGCAGAGUCAGGGGAUAGCAUGGGAGACGGGGAGACAGGGAGACCAAACACCAACCCUUCAGAUUAGGAAGCAUGAAAGCUCUUUACAACGUGAAGACUGGAAUUAAAGAGCCAUGAAAAGUUGGCUUCAGCAACAUAGAGGGGAGAACAGGGACUGUUGUUAAAGGCCUAAAAUGGAGUGCCAGGUUUGGCAAGGAGAGGGCCAAAAUACCUAC